CAGUUCCUAGUUCACAGAGUUUGCUUCAGCACUGGUUUUGACAGGGAAGGACUGGUGUAGUUCACAACCACACAGACACUGUGAGAAGCAAGCUGUAUUACUUGUGUGUUUGUGCAGACUGCAUCACUCCCUGUAUCAGCCUUUAGUCGGAAGAAAUGACUGGAUCAGAAAAGAGUUUGAGAAAAGGUAGUCCAGCUCCAGGACCUGUGCCUGAUGGAUCAAUUCGCCUUUAUAAUAUGCGAUUUUGCCCUUAUGCCCAAAGGGCAAGGCUGGUUCUAGUUGCCAAGGGAAUUAACCAUGAAGUAGUAAACAUCAACUUAAAGAGCAAGCCUGAGUGGUAUGUGGAGAAGAACCCACUCGGUUUGGUACCUUCUCUGGAGACAAGUAAGGGUCAGCUAAUUUAUGAAUCACCCAUAGUGUGUGACUUCCUGGAUGCGGCUUUUCCUGGAAAGAAGUUAAACCCUGAAGAUCCCUUUCAACGAGCACAACAGCGGAUGAUAGUAGAACAUUUCUCAAAGUUAGUUACUUUGAUGUAUAAAGUCCUGAAUGCAAAGAAAAAUAAAGAAGAUGCAUCUCCAAUAGUAGCAGAAUGUCUGGAGAAGUUCAUUAAAUUUGAUGAGCUUUUAGGCAAACUGAACACUCUGUUCUUUGGAGGAGAUUCUGUGUCGAUGGUUGACUACAUGAUCUGGCCCUGGUUUGAGCGAUUCACAAUUUUUGAUAUGAAAGAGUCUUUAAAUAAAACACCACAUAUCAACGAAUGGUAUCAACUCAUGCUGAAGGAUUCAGCUGUCAAAGCAACUUAUACUGAACCAGAAGUUCUCUUGGGUUUCUUCAAAUUAUACUCAGAAGACAAUAUUGAUGCUGCUGAUUAUGGCCUAUAAACACAGCAGCCACCGAUUUGCCUGUCUUGCACUAAUUUUUUUUUUUUUUUUUUUUCUUGUGAAAAGCAGUAAUUGAUGGUAUGUUGUUUAUAAGCUGAUCAGAAAAAGAGCACUUGUUUUCUCAUUUUUAUAGCUAUGAAAUAAUUUUAGGUUAUUUUUUCUGUAAUACUUUAUGAAAGAACAAUGUGUAUCUAAAUACCAAGGGAUGUUGAAAUUAUUGCAUGAUGCCAGUGUCUUACAACCUAACACUUUUCAAUGACAAUAGUAAGAUUAUUAGUGUUUGUAUGAAAUGUGUGGGUUAGUAAACAAUCAUGUUUAGCUUGUGUAUGUAAUGCUUCUCUAUAAAAUAUUCAGACAAUUGUGAUUUAUUUUUAUUAGAGCCAUUAAAAUUUCAUAUUUGAACAAUA